GUGUACGAUACCGGUGGUCUCUCGCUCAAGAUCUCGGGUGGCAUGGUCGGCAUGAAGGACGACAUGGGCGGCGCCGCUGGCCUCCUCGGUGCCUUCUUGGCGACCGUCACGUCCGGCGCCGCCGGCCCCGAGUUUCCGUUGCACUGCAUCCUCUGCCUCGCCGAGAACGCGGUCGGCCCGCACGCGACGCGACCGGAUGACAUUCACACCAUGUACUCGGGCAAGACGGUCGAGAUCAACAACACGGACGCAGAAGGCCGCUUGGUGCUCGCCGACGGCGUCGCGUACGCCAUCAAGCACUUGAGCCCGGCGUUCUUGCUCGAUAUGGCGACGCUCACGGGCGCGGCCGGUAUCGUCACCGGCGCCAAGAUCGGCGCCAUGUACGCCAACACGGACGACAUCGAGGCGUUUGGGUCGGCGGCCGGCAAGACGUCCGGCGACCUUCUGCACCCGGUGCCGUACGUGCCCGAGUUUUACCGCCCCGAGUACAAGAGUCCUGUGGCCGACAUGAAGAAUUUGAUGGCCAACACGCGCAACGCCGGCGUCUCGUGCGGCGGCCAGUUCAUCGCGAACCACAUGGCCGACUUUGUCGACGGCGACGGCCAGUGGAUGCAUGUCGACAUGGGCUUUCCUGUCGCGCACGACGACCACCGCGCGACUGGCUACGGCGUCGGGCUGCUCAUGGCCCUCUUCACGGACCUCAACGCGUCGGCGACCUUUUAAUAUGGUGCCAUCUAUGGACAUAUCCCCGAUAGAGGUAAUAGUGCUGGGAAUACUACAUACACGAUGAUUGAAUACUACGUACUGUCGUCC